CAGUUCUGGGUAGGGGGCACACGGCAUUCCCCGCCGGCACCCAGCAAUCUCCGAGUAUUACCGACGGGGGAGAGACCUGUGUAUAAGCAACACAGAUCUCCCCUGUCAGCUCCUGCACACUGCUUUGUAUGGCUCUGCAUAACAGAGCCACAGUAAAGCACACACACAGCACACAGUAAAACAGCACCCCGUUAACCCUUUGAUUGCCCCACAUGUUAACCCCUUCCUGCCCAGUACCAUUAGUACAGUGUCAGUGCUUUUUAUUAGCACUGAUUACUGUAUUGGUGUCCCUGGGGAUGUCAGUAACACCAUGUCAGUUCCCCCCAGUGUCAGAAUCCCCACCGCAGUCCUGUACAUAGU